CAGCAGGAGAACCAGAGCCAUGAGAGAGCAGAUGCACCUUAAAAACAAGAUGGUUCCGGUAUUGGUGUUGCUCAUGGCAGCGCUUGUAGCUGCAGAUGAGCCAAUGACUGAUCUCUUUAGCAAAGUAGAUAGUGCAUCUACAUCAAUAGUGCACUGUGACGCCAUCACUUUAUGCCCUGAUUUUACAACAUGCUGUCGGAAUCCUUUUGGGCAGUGGUUCUGCUGUCCAUACGGGAUGGGUCAGUGCUGCAGGGAUGGAGUUCAUUGCUGUCCGCAUGGUUAUACCUGCGAUUCUACAUCAACCCAUUGUUUGAAGGGCUGGCUGAGACUGCCAUUGAUUUCUCCACAGCCGGCCUCCAAAGCAAUUCAGAAAACUCAGUCUGUGCACUUGGACCAGGAUCUUGAAUGGAAGAACCAGGCUGAGGUUGUUCAAUGUGAUGGAGAUGUCUACUGCCCAGCAGAGAAGUUAUGCUGCAAGACAAGAACAGGCCAGUGGGGGUGCUGCAGCGGUAAACCAGACUGGCCGAUGUUGCAAGGAGAAUAAACAAUCCCGUGGUUUUGGUUCACUUUUUUGUGUGCACAAGCCUUUCAAGCUUCGCCAUUGCCCUACACGCCUAAUAUCCAAAUGAUUUUUUUUUUUUAGCUCAAAAUAUGUGAAGGUGGCAAGUUCAACUUGUAUUUCCAAAUCAUUAAAUAAAC